CUGGAGGGUCUCCAACCGCUAACCUCCCCGGAUGAUAACAUGGACGCCGAGGUGGUGGUCAAGAACGACCCGCGGGGAUUCCUGUACCUCAAACUGUCCGGCAAGUACGACAACGAGUACGCGCACCCCAUUGACCUGGUGCCCAUCGUGGAUCUCAACCUUGGAAAGGUGGUUCACAUCGAUAUGUACGACAAACCGUCAACUGUCAACCUCCAGUCCGUCAACUACCACCCGUCCCUAAUGGACACGGCGGCUCAGCCCUGGCGGCGCGAUAUCAAACCGCUCCACGUGCUGCAGCCGCAAGGCCCCAGCUUCUCUCUCAACGGCGCGCUGCUGUCAUGGCAGAAGUGGCGCAUGCGCAUCGGCUUCAAUGGCAGGGAGGGACUCGUACUGCACGGCGUGUCGUACCAGGACGGCGGACGGGUUCGACCGGUGCUGCACCGCGCGUCGCUAGUGGAGAUGGCCGUACCGUACGGCGAUCCCAAUAAUCCGUACAUUCGCAAGUGCGCUUUUGAUGUGGGAGACUACGGGUUCGGACUGUGCGCCAACAGUUUGGAGCUGGGCUGCGACUGCCUGGGCCACAUCCAGUAUCUCGAUGUGGUGGUCAACAAUGCCAGGGGCGAGGCGGUGGUGAUUCGCAAGGCGGUUUGCAUCCACGAGGAGGAUGUCGGCAUUUUGUGGAAGCACUGGGACUGCCGUACAAACCAUGCCGAGGUCCGCCGCUCCCGUCGUCUGGUCGUAUCUAUGGUAUCCACAUUCAUGAAUUACGAAUACGCGUUGUACUGGUACUUCUACCAGGACGGAUCUAUUCAUUUCGUACUCAAGCUUACGGGGAUUUUGUCUACCAGGGAUCUGGUGGUUUCGGAGGUGGAGUCCGUACCGCUGCCCCCGGGCGGCCCCUCCAACCCGUACUGCAACGGCUUCCGAAUGGUGGAGACCGAGCUGCUGUCCACCACCGCCGCGCAGAGGGUGCACAACUUCAACACGGCGCGGUUCUGGUCCAUCAAGAACCCUUUCAGCAUCAACCCCGUCUCCAGGAGACCUGUGUCGUACCGCCUGCUGCCCGCGGCGAGUCCAGCGAUGAUGGCCCACCCCAGCAGCCUGGUCGCCCGCCGGGCGGUGUUCGCCAGCCGGCAGCUCUGGGUGACGCCGCACUCGGACGCGCAGCGGUACCCGGCGGGGGAGCACGUGGUGCAGAGCAACCGGUGCAUGGGGCUGGCGGAGUGGACGGAGAAGGAUCAGCCACUCCAUGGCGCGGACCCCGUCUUGUGGUAUUCGUUCGGUGUGACCCACGCACCGCGAGUGGAGGACUUCCCGGUCAUGCCCGUGGAGGUGUGCGGCUUCAGCCUAAAGCCCGACGGCUUCUUCGCGGGUAACCCGGCCGUGGACCUCCCCCCCUGCCGCGACCCGGCAAGCAAGGAGGAGGAGGACGAGCAGCAGCAGCAGCAGCAGCAGCAGCAGCAGCAGCAGCAGCAGCAGCAGCAGCAGCAGCAGCAGGGGGCCUCGGGCGGUGGCGCCAAUGCCAGUGUACCGGCGUGCUGUCUGCCGCCCUCUAAGCUGUGA